GCGGGCGGCCGCGGCGCGGGGCUGCUUUCCUCGUGCUCGGCGUUGAGCCCCCGCUGCCGCCGCCACUGCAGCGGUCGUCGCUUCCCGGCCCGGCCCCGGGGUGCGCCCCGCAAGGCUCCUGCUGGUGUCCUUGGAGCAUGGGAGGCUGUUGAGCUGGAGUGGUGGUGUCCAGCAGGAGCGGGUGUCUCACCCCACGGCAGGGAGGGCGUCCAUGGCUGCAGCCAACAAGGGCAACAAGCCGAGGGUCCGGAGUAUCCGCUUCGCAGCCGGCCACGAUGCAGAAGGCUCCCAGAGCCACGUCCACUUUGAUGAGAAGCUGCAUGACUCAGUGGUCAUGGUCACCCAGGAGAGUGACAGCAGCUUUCUGGUCAAGGUCGGCUUCCUGAAGAUCCUGCACAGGUACGAGAUUACCUUCACUCUGCCCCCCGUGCACAGGCUGAGCAAGGACGUCCGCGAGGCACCUGUGCCCAGCCUGCACCUCAAGCUCCUCAGUGUCAUGCCCGUCCCUGAAGGUUACAGCGUCAAGUGUGAGUACUCAGCACACAAGGAGGGCGUGCUCAAAGAAGAGAUGCUGCUGGCCUGCGAAGGUGGCGCCGGCGCCUGCGUGCGUGUGACGGUGCAGGCGCGAGUCAUGGACCGGCACCACGGCACGCCCAUGCUGCUGGAUGGCGUCAAGUGCGUGGGAGCUGAGCUGGAGUACGACUCGGAGCACAGUGACUGGCAUGGCUUCGACUGAGGCCUUUGGCCCCACCCCCUCGGGGCCCCUCAGCCUUAACCCCGCCUCUCCCCCACAUGCUGCGUGCCCCUCCCCAGGGUGGGCGUGGGGGUGGGGUUUCCAGGGGCCUUGCCCACGCCUCGCACCUCUGCCUUCAUUUGUGCCACCACCACCCUGCCUCUCCUAGGUCCUCUCCUGCUUCCUCCUCUCCGUGUGCCUCAGUCUCCUGCCAGAAGAAAUGGGUUGAGUCCUCAAGGAGGCUAUCUGAGGAGGGGAGUGGGGGUCCUGGGGUGGGUUCUACCCACCCCCCACCCCAAGCCAUGGGGCCUCCAGCAGGGGUCCGAGAGAGGACGGAGCUGGCUCUGGGACGUGGCCCCACUGCUGCUGCUGCUCUCGCUUCAGCCACCUCAGCCCCUCCCUCUUCCCCGAUGCUGUCCACGGGGAGGACGAGGAAGGGGCAGUCUCCAACCCCCACCCCUCGGGUCUGUGUUCUUUGGUUUUUAAAUGACUGGUUGGGAAAGAACCCUAAAGAAAUAAAACUUCCAAUGGCUA